UUAUUUUCUCUCUCUCUUCUAUACAGAACUGUAUUAAGAUCACACUUUCAGCUAGCGUUGAUCAUAAGCUACCAAAUUUGGUGUUUAAACACAAAAAUUCUUAGACAGAAAAAAAAAAAAAAAGAUAUAUAAAUAAAUAAAAUGAGCGCCAAAAUAGAUCGAAAGAAGAGCAAAUUCGCCAGAUACACGAAAGGACCAAUCAAAAUUCUAACCCGAGUUCGAGAUUUCUACGUGCAGAGCCUAACCGGUUGUGCCGGACAAGUCUCCUACGGCGGCGAUGCCUUCGGCUUUCCGGCGGCACACAAUUUCUCGAAUUUGCGGAGGAGUUUAAGUGCCAGCUCAUCCUAUUCGAAUUCCGGUACUAGAGACGAGGAUUUGAGGGAGCUAGUAAGGAUUGCUUCCACUCGCAGCCUCACCGGGAAAAUCGAGGCGGAGCUCCUCCGGUCGCCUGUGCGCGGAGGAGGCGUGGCGGCGAUCCGCCGGAGCAGGACGGUUACUAUUGGCCGGAUUGAUGAAGAGAAGCCGUGUGAAUUUGGGGGAGUCGAAGGCGGCUGCGGAGCUAGGGCGGAGGUUUUUCCCCGGAGUAGAAGCUAUGCUGCUUGAAGAAGAAGACGGUUUUAAUUUGGAAAUAUUCAAAAGAAUUUGACGGUUUGAUUUCUUUUUUUGCUGUUUUAUUAAUUUGUUUUUUGCUGUUUUAUUAAUUUGUUCUGUUUGUGAAUAAGCAAUUUGUACGAUUGAGAAAGGUGGUGUGUGUUAUUGUUCUUUUUAGUA